UGAGCUUUCAGUCGUGUUAAAGCUAUAGUCGUAGUAUGUCGUCAAUCACUAUAUUGGACGGUGGAUUUUCCACACAACUUUCGACACAUGUGGGUGAUAAAAUUGAUGGCCAUCCAUUGUGGACAGCUCGAUUUCUUGCUAGUGAUCCAAAAGCAAUUUUCCAAACACAUCUAGACUUCCUUCGUGCUGGAGCAGAUAUUAUUGAAACAAAUACCUAUCAAGCAUCAAUCGAUGGAUUUGUUCAAUACCUUGGACUUGACAAGUUUGAAAGUCUUGAACUAAUCUCUAAAGCUGUGGAUUUAGCGAAAGAAGCAACAAAAGUUUACCUUGCAGAAAUAAAAGAUAAGACGGGAAUUCCAAAUAAAAAUCCUCUCAUUGCUGGUUCUUGUGGUCCUUAUGGAGCUUCACUUCAUGAUGGUUCAGAAUACACGGGUGAAUACGCUUCAAGUAUCUCUAAAGAAUUUUUAAAAGCCUGGCACAGACCAAGAAUUGAAGUUCUUAUCAAUGCUGGAGUAGAUAUACUGGCAUUAGAGACUAUUCCAUGUGAGAUAGAAGCUGAAGCUCUUGUCGAACUCAUUAAAGAAUAUCCAAAUAUAAAAGCUUGGCUUUCAUUUUCUUGUAAAACUGAUGGGAUGAGCAUUGUUGACGGCAGUAACUUCCAAAGUGUUGCGCUCAAGUGUUACAAAAAUUCUACACCUGGACAAUUAAUUGCUGUCGGUGUGAAUUGUCUAGCCCCUACUGCUGUGACUUCAUUGAUACAAAAUUUUAAUAAAAUGGGAGAAAUUUCAGUGCCUCUCAUAGUGUAUCCUAACAGCGGAGAAGUUUAUACGGUCGCUGAAGGAUGGAAACAAAGAGGAUCUGAACCACCAUUGGAGAACUUCAUUGAUGAAUGGCUAAAUUAUGGAGUCAAAUUCAUUGGAGGUUGCUGUAGAACUUAUGCUCAUGAUGUUCGAAAAAUUCUCUUUGAAGUGAGGAAUUGGGAAAAAAAGAAAUCGGACGGAAUUCCUUGUUGUUGUGGUGAAUGAGCGUUCACAAUCUUCUUCUUAUUUUAUUUGCAGUAUUUAUAAUUUAUGCGAUUAAUCAAUCAAAUACUGUAACUAUUUUUACAUUUAUUUGUUAAAUUAUAAAAAACAUACAGUUAUUUUCGAUAGACAAGAAUAGUAUA